CACAUCAGAAUGUCGGACCAAGUACCCACAGACCCGAGCGACCAGGCGCCGCCGGACCUCCCAGGCGCAGUCACCAGCGCCAUCUUGCCCGCCGACGAGCCUGUGCCAGACGAGUUGAGCGAAGACGAAGACGACAUUAUUCCCAGAAAGAGACCGCUUGGCGACCUGGUCAACACCAAGAUCGAUGAGGACGAUGCUUCCGACAUGGGGGAUGACGACGACCUUUUCGGAGAUGGUGGUGACGACGACGAGCAAGAAAACGUUGCCCCUGAACCACUUCGCACUCUUGAGGAUGAGGAACUGGAUUCCGGCGAUGACGAAGAUCGCCAUGAUCGCAUGCCCUCGGAACAAUAUGACCAGGAAACACAGAACGUCGUUAUUCAGGAGUCGAGCAUGAGCAGGCAACCACUGCCUGAACCUACCGACGGCGAGCUAGAUGUACCUGACCAAGAUCCCCAAAUUCCUGUCUGUCGAACCUCGAAGAUGGCACCACACCACUUACCAACCACCCACCACCGACCAUCACUCGCACGAGGCCGCUCCUGGCUUCUCUGCCUACAGCACUGCUAUCAGUACUGUUCAUUGGAGACGCUCCCCUCCAACCCCAAGAACAUACAAUCCAACGCGCGAAUUCUGCGUUGGUCCGAUGGCAGCUUGACACUACAACUCGCCUCGAACCCUACACAGCAGUAUGAGAUCGAGGGCAACCCUCUUGCUCCCCGCCAGCGCAACCCUUCCAAACCCACUCCUACGAGCCAGAAGUCUGGCAGAAAAGACCACGGCAACGACUCGUACACCUACUUGAUGGUUCCAGAUCCUUCAAACGGUCUCCUCCGUGUCAGUCACAAAAUUACUGCUGGUUUGUCAAUCCUACCAUCGGCUGCCACCACCGACGAUGCACUCGAGAAGCUACAAAACUCGCUGGCUGCCAUCUCUCAGGGCAAGAACAAGAGCAGCGCCGGUGGUAUCGAAUUUGUUAAGAUUGAUGAGGACCCUGAGCUGGCGAAGAAAAAGGCAGAGGUUGCAGAAAGAGAAAAGGAUCGUGCACGAAAGCGAAGAGAGGCAGCCGAAACCCGAGAGCGCGAGAGAAAUGGCCGCGCACUGGGUCGUGCUGGUCUCGGCUCAAGAGGCUACGGUGGUGGUCUCACUGCUGGUAUGCUCGAGGAUGACGAGCUUGGUGGUGGUGGCCGCCAGAGAGCCAGAGCAAAGCCUGCAAGACGCCAACGCCACGACGAUAUCCCUCAGGCUUCCAGAACCAAGAGAAGGAGGGUCAUCGACGAGGACGACGACGACGAGUAA